GAUUGAUGUUGAACCCAAAGUCCAAAGUCAAAAUGAUUUAAGGUGCUUAACCUUUAAAUGUUUUUCAUGAUGCACGAUAAUUGACAAACAAAUUAUGCAUGCGUAGUUAAUUUUGAGACGGAGAAAAGUAUAGAAACCUGAUUUUUGUGGUUUAGAGCAAAACCGUAAAGAAUAAAAUUUUGAUUCAUCGCCACCCCACUCCUCCUAAAUAGGAUAGUGACAACAUUGGACUUUUCAGCAUCAUAUUACUAAAUUAGGUUCAAUUAUUUUGGAAGGAGACUGCCUUCUGCUAAUCUUUAUAAUUAUGUAUAAAACAAAUGAAUUUAUUGCGCAGUAAAUGAAGAUGAGGGACCAAAGCCAGGCUAAAGAACUGUUGCCUUCAUAAUCAGGCGCAAACCGCCCCGAUUUCGGGUUUCUUUCUUCUUCUGUGUAAAAAUGGAGGACUCAAACUUGCCUUUACUGCGCGAUUCACGUUCUAAUAGCGUACAAUCAAAGUCGGCUGCAUUUGAUGAAGAACAGAGUUUGUUAAACAGAGUGUGGAAUGAAUCAAAGCAGCUGUGGCACAUUGUUGGCCCUACAAUUUUCAGCCUCUUAUCUUCCUACACCAUGUUCGUCAUUGCUCAGGCUUCUGCCGGCCAUCUUGGCGACCUUGAACUUGCUGCCAUGUCGCUCGCCAGUAACGUCAUCGUCGGGUUCGAUUUCGGCUUAUUGUUGGGAAUGGCUAGCGCCCUGGAAACUCUAUGCGGGCAGGCGUUUGGAGCGAAAAACUACCCGAUGUUAGGCAUAUAUUUACAGCGUUCAUGGGUUAUUCUGUUCUGUUGCUGUGUGCUAAUCUUGCCUGUGUAUAUUUUCGCAACGCCGAUUUUGAAGGCAUUUGGUCAGUCUGCAGAGGUAGCUGAGCUAGCUGGAAUUGUGGCUUUGUGGUUUAUUCCGCUUCAUUUCAGUUUUGCAUUUCAGUUCCCACUUCAGAGGUUCCUCCAGAGCCAGCUCCACAACAGCGUAAUUGGAUGGGUCAAUUUUGUGGCUCUGAUUGUGCAUCUGUUUUUGAGCUGGUUGGUUGUGUUUAAGCUGAAUUUGGGAUUGGCUGCCAUUUCAUUGACACUGAGCUUUUCAUGGUGGGUUGUUGUGUUGGGUUUACUUGGUUAUACCAUGUCUGGUGCCUGUGCCCAUUCAUGGACUGGAUUUUCUUUCGAAGCAUUUUCAGGUCUCUGGCCAUUCUUUAGGCUCUGUGUUUCUUCAGGUGUCAUGCUCUGCCUGGAAACUUGGUAUUACCAGGUCCUAGUUGUGAUUGCUGGACAAGUUGCGAGCUCUGCAUCAGCUUUCGAUGCUUUAUCAGUUUGCAUGACAAUCAAUGGAUGGGAGAACAUGAUUCCUAUUGGAUUCUUGAUUGCACUUGGCGUAAGGGUUGCAAAUGAACUGGGAGAAGGGAAUGGAGGAAAAGCCAAAUUUGCAACCAUAGUGGCAGUGUUCCAAUCAGUUGUACUGGGUUUAAUUUUCUGGGUAUUGAUCAUAUUUUUUCACAACAAAAUUGCGCUGCUAUUCACAACCAGCAAACUGGUGUUGAAAGAUGUCAGCAAACUUUCAGUAUUAUUGGCCUUCACCAUCCUGCUAAACAGUGUUCAACCCAUUCUUUCGGGCGUUGCUAUUGGAUCGGGGUGGCAAUCAUACGUGGCUUACAUAAAUUUGGGUUGCUAUUAUUUGCUUGGAGUCCCACUUGGAGUCUUGAUGGGUUGGGUUUUCAAGCAAGGAAUCAUGAAACACACACGAUAGGAUUUUGCUCAUAUGGUGUCUUUUAGUCGAAGAAAAUACUAUGUAUGACACGUUACAUGGAGCGGUGCAUCUUAGGGAAGUAUUAUCGGUUUAAGAGAAUAUUUGCUUUUUAAUUGAGCCUUUUUGUUUCACUAAUUUGCCAAUAUUUUCGUUCUUUCGUUCUGCAAGACUACUGCAAUAAUAAUAAUAAUAAUAAUACUUAUAUUGAUGAAAUUUAUGAAGGGAAUAUGGGCCGGAAUGGUAUUUGGCGGAACUGCAAUGCAAACGCUGAUUUUAGCCAUUGUCGUGAUUAGGUGUGACUGGGACAAAGAGGUAUGCCAAUGCCAUAAUGUGGAGAUUCUUUUGUCGUUUAAUCAUCUUCAUUUCCUCUACUCGUACAGGCAUCUUCUUUUAAAGCCUGGAAAAAACAUUGAAAAUUACAGUUCGUAUUUUAGCUAAUAAAUGUUUGGUGGUGAUUUCCCGCAGGCUUUAAAGGCAAGUAUGCGCGUCAACAAGUGGGCAAAUACGUAAAACAGGACUAGUAAUUUUUCAAACGGAAGGAAUACAGUUGUUUACUUGUUUAGUGAUGUAUCUCACUCAUAUACAUAAAGACAAUUAAUUUUGCAAUUAUGUUCAACAAUUUUGUGCUCACAAUUUGAUGGAGACUGGCCGUUGGCCUACUUAUCCUCGCCAAGGUGAGGGGUUGAAUCACAAAUGGAAAAGACACAACAAGAAGGAUUUAUUAAUAGAAUUUUUUCUACAACUUAUAAUCACGCAACUUGAAGGAUACGAAUAGAAGUAAAAUGGAGUAGUGAUAGGUACAUGAAAAAAUUACAAUAAAAAUUUACAAAAAAUGAUGUAUCAUUCAUCAAAAUUAUGCCCUAAUCUUAAAUACUUAAAUUCCAAAUGAAAAGUUAAAAAAAUGAACGGUUAUGAUCAUUUUUCCUUAUCAUUUUUCCUUAUCAUUUUUUCC